CGGCGAAGUUGGCGAGGCUGGUUGGAAUGGGAAAUCUGGCAAAGCAGAAUAUCAAGGCGGUUCCGGUAGUGCCCGAUCAGGUGUAAGAGGGAAUGUGAGGGGCGGACGAUCAAGUGAAUCUUGGGAAUCAGACGACUCAGAAAGUUGUUCCGGCGAAGUUGGCGAGGCUGGUUGGAAUGGAAAAUCUGGCAAAGCAGAAUAUCAAGGCGGUUCCGGUAGUGCCCGAUCAGGUGUAAGAGGGAAUGUGAGGGGCGGACGAUCCAGUGAAUCUUGGGAAUCGGAUUACUCUAGAAGUAGUUCCGGCGAAGGUGACAUAGGUGGCGAUAGCAUGAAAUCAGGUGAAAGUGAAGAGCGAAGACGUUCAUAUGGUUCUGAAGUCGGUGGCAGAAAGGGUAAAAUAAUUCCAAGAACAACUGCAUCACCUGAAAUACAAGAUGGUUUAUAUGGUGCACAAUCACGACCACUGAGUAGUCGAUCCGACGUUGCUACUGUGGGAGAAGCAAUAAAUCAACCUUCAUCAAGUAAUGAAGGCAACGCAGUCGGGGCAGUUGUAGCUAAAGGUGAAAUAAAUAAAAAGGAGAACAAUAUUCUCACUGAAAAAUUGAAGACAAGAAUUGGUCAAUCAGAAGGCCAAUCAUAUAUAGUUACUGGCGAAGAAUCUAACAGAAUACGUGAUUUAACAAUAAAUUCGAUUCCUAUGGAUUAUGACACUAGAAAUGUUGCUUCAGGUUAUAGUCGUUUACUUUAUAAUCUUGGUCACGGACGUCAAUUUAGACAACCAUCAAUACCAAAGAAACCACACACGCAUAACUGUGCUCCACAAGAUAUCUACGUUAGCUAUGUCUACGAAUAUGAUAUGCAUAAUCAAGUAUUUAAUUCCUCGUUUCAAGAUCCUGAUUCAAUCGUAAUUAAAACUCUUCAAUCAGACGUUGCUCGCUUCGCAGCUGAAGAACUUUACAAACGUAAUUUAGUUCCGUAUGUUACAGAUGAAGCUCAUUUAACUAAAAUAAUGGAUGUUAGCAAACAAUAUAAUGAUCAGGCUACACUUCGUUUUUAUAUUUCCAUUGAUGUGAGUAAAAGCUUAAUACCCGUUAUUCGUCAUGUAUUACAAACAGUGUUGACAAAAUUAAAAAAUGAACGUUUUGCAACAUCAAAUAAAAAAAUUGACUGGGGAGAAAUGGUGCUUAUUCCGAUAACAAAAUAA